AUGCCCUCAAUAACGACAGUCCACGAGUCACUCCCCUACGUCGACCCAGAGCCCACACAACCCGAACGCGAAGCAGCAGAAGCCCUCAUAGCCGCCGAGCGCGCCACGGUCCCGGACGACCCUCACCACGCCCUCCUCCCGCCCCCGGCAGAGCCCACCUUCAGCCCCCUGAUCCAAGCCGAGCUGGACCGCAUAGCCAGCAGCCCGGACCCCUCGAAGCCAGCGCCCCUGGACGCGAUAGACCUGUCGCGGUACGAACUCCCCGACCUACCCGAGGACGGCGACGCCUCGCGUGAGGAUCUCGAGUCCGCCCUGCGCCAGGCCUACGCGGCGGCGACGUACCUCUCCUCGCGCAGGCAGCACCUCGCGCUGCUCGACAGCCACGGCAAGAACGCGUGGCUCGUGGGCAACUGGCAGCUGGAGGCGGAGCUGCGCGCGCUCGAGCGCGAGGUCGCCGCCGCGCGCCGGGACGUCGACCUCGUCACCCUCCGCCGCCAGAGGCUGCAGCGCGACUCGGGAGGGGAGAUCACGGGGCUGGACGAGGCGUGGCGGAGGGGCGUCGGCCGCGUGCUCGAGGCCGAGGUCGCCGCCGAGGGCCUGCGGAGGGACGUCGACGCCAUCAUGAGGCAGAGGGCCCGGGGUGGGGAGGGGGAGGAGGUGCAGGUGCAGGCGGAGGCUUGA